UGCGGAAACUGCAAGUCAGCUGAUAAUGUUGGAGGAACGCACUAGUAAGAAUGAACAUAGGUAAUCAGUUUUUGAGUAUUUUUCUCUUUUUCAGCAUUUGUUUAGGUGAGGACUACGAUUUGGAUGAUAAAACUGGAUUAGGACGAUCGUUUGAUGGCAUUGGUGGUUUAAGCGGUGGCGGGGCGACCUCGCGUUUGCUCGUCAAUUAUGCUGAACCAUAUAGGAGUCAGAUUCUAGACUAUCUGUUCAAGCCUAAAUUUGGAGCCUCAUUACAAAUCCUGAAGGUUGAAAUUGGAGGUGAUGCUCAGACUACAGAUGGAACUGAGCCAUCACACAUGCAUUAUGGAGAUGAUGCAAAUUAUUUUAGAGGAUAUGAAUGGUGGCUAAUGAAGGAAGCCAAGAAGAGAAAUCCAAACAUCACCCUCAUAGGUCUACCAUGGGCUUUUCCGGGAUGGGUUGGAAAUGGUGAAAACUGGCCAUAUAGUUUCCCUGAUAUUACUGCUUCUUAUGUGGUUUCCUGGAUUCUUGGGGCCAAGCAGUACCAUGACUUGGACAUUGAUUAUGUUGGGAUAUGGAAUGAAAGGAGUUUUAACUGUAAGUACAUAAAGCUUUUGCGAUAUACACUGGAUAAAAGUGGUCUGGAGAGAGUUAAAAUCAUUGCAAGUGAUAACCUCUGGGAGCCGAUUACCUCUGUUGUAAUUGCUGACAAAGAGCUACAGGAGGCCGUUGAAAUUUUAGGGGUUCAUUAUCCUGGCACCAACACUGUGCCUAAGGCCCUAAAGACUGGCAAGAAACUAUGGUCUUCUGAAGACUACAGUACCUUUAAUGACGAUGUCGGCGGAGGCUGCUGGGCCCGAAUUCUCAACCAGAACUACGUUAAUGGCAAAAUGACAGCGACCAUAUCUUGGAACCUUGUUUCUAGUUAUUAUGGGGAGCUUCCCUUUGGAAGGGAUGGACUAAUGACUGCAAAAGAGCCAUGGAGUGGAAAUUAUGUUGUCGAGUCCCCUAUUUGGAUCACAGCCCACACUACCCAGUUUACGGAGCCUGGCUGGAAGUACCUGCAGACAGUGGGACACUUCACACAUGGUGGAAGUUAUGUUGCAUUAACAGAUGAAAGAGGAAAUCUAACAAUAAUCACUGAAACUAUGACCCAUGAUCACUCCGUGUGUAUAAGACCUCCUCUGCCUCCAUAUGAUGUCACUGCCCAGAAUGUCACCUUCCACCUGAAAGGGACCUUUGCUUCAAUCGGUGAGCUGCAGGUGUGGCAUUCAAAGUUUGAUUUCAAGACAAACAAGACGGUCCUCUUCCAAAAUAUCAAGCCUAUUAAAGUAACUGAAGGGUCUUUCAGCAUAGAGCUCGAUGUUGAUGAGGUAUAUACAUUUACUACUGUACGAAAUGGUCAGAGAGGGAGUUACCCAGAUCCUCCACCCUCUGCUCCCUUUCCUAAAUCAUACAAAGAUGAUUUUGAUGUCUCUGGAAAUCCGUAUUUCUCAGAGGCUCCAAACUUUGCAGAUCAGACGGGGGUCUUUGAAUACUUCACCAACCUGACAGAUCCUGGACCGCAUGCUUCCACUCUGCGACAGGUGGUCACUCAGCGUCCAGUGACCUGGGCUGCAGAUGCUGAUCAGACAAUAAGUGUUAUUGGUGAUUAUCAAUGGAAAGACCUGAUGGUGUCAUGUGACAUAUACAUGGAGUCUGUGCACACUGGUGGAGUCUUCAUUGCUGUCAGAGUGAACAAAGGUGGAGGUGUUGUCCGAAGCACAAGGGGAGUCUUUCUCUGGGUCUAUGCAGAUGGCACCUACAAAGUCACAAAUGACCUCAAUGGAAUGACGGUUCUUGCUGAGGGCCUGUCUGGAACUAGAGCACGUGUGUGGUACACACUGACCCUUACAGUCAAGGGAAACUAUGCAUCAGCAGAUCUCAAUGGCUAUCCCCUCUGGAAGAAUACAGUGCUCUGGGAGCCACGACAUGGAUGGGCGGCCAUAGGCACUAGUUCAUUUGAACUCGCACAGUUUGAUAAUUUUGCCAUAGAGGCCUUAACUUGAUGGUUUUUGAUUUGCCACUGUUGUGACACUGUAAACUAGCAGACUGGAAUCAAACAGGUGUGUGACUACUGUGAUUACUGUGAAAUUUUACGAGUUGUUAAUUUUUAAGGGAAUCAUAUGAUGUUGCUAAAAAUAACAUUAUUUUGUGUAUUUGGUGAAAUGAAAUGUGUUUCUGCGGUUUAAGGUUCAAAAGACACAUUAUUUUUAUUAUUUUACAUAAUUUUCCCCAUACUAUACAUUAUUGUUGCUCCUCUAUGCCCUGCCUUUCUGAAACGCAACGAUUUUUACAAAGAUCAUCAUUAUAAAAAGUGAAGCGUGCUCUGAUUGGCCAGCUAUCCAGUGUAUUGUGAUUGGCUGAAUGCCUCAAGCGUGUGAUGGAAAUGUAACACGCCUUAACACUGUGAUGCCAAGUGUCCUGGUCAGAACAAUGGCGGAACAAGACAUUAAACAUUAAAACCCAUUAACAAGACAUUUGUUGCAUCCAGUGAGGACAUAAUUAUGGAUUAUAAUGACUUAUACUGUCUUUUUAUGUGUUGCAUUGCAUCAUGCCAUGUAAACAUAAAACCAUUGCUGGAUUUGUGAUUGGAGAAAUGACAAACAACAAGUACUACUCUACACUGCUCAAAAUCCGCUUUUAAAUCAUCAGUGACAAAUCCUUUAAAUAUGUAAACGUACUUACAGACUGUGAGUCAGAACAGCUGGCAUUGUAGUCUUCUUUCCCAGGAUCAGGAAACAGUCCUCCAUAAAAUGUGCUGCACACAUCUGAAUAUCUGGGUUGAACUGUUCUGGAACAAUGUUGUAAAUACAACUUAACCACUGAUUUCUAGUUGUGUCCUCUUUUGAAAGGCUAAACAAAGUAUUUUCGCUUUCGCAACAAAACACACUACAUCUUCACAACAUGGCGGCAGUGGUGACCAAUAUUAUGAAGCUGCAGACUCGGAGCCUGAGCCUGCUGCAUCUACAGUCCUGCACCCAGAGUCCCACAUUCUUAGCCGCCUCGCAAAAUACGUACAGUUGGUCGAUUUGUCUAAACCUCUGUGUCAGUUAGGUUUAGGGGCGGGGUUAGGUGUAGGUCAUUCGUACAAAUUCAUAGGAAUUGUGCAACUCGUAAAAUACAUACGAUUUGGCAAAAAUCGUAUGAAUUUGUAUGAGUGUGGUCGUACGAAUUAGCCACCUCCUAAAAUAUGUACGAAUUGCCGUGAGAUGAGGUUGUAAGGGGUCUGAGAAUGCGGUACUCUGCAGCUUCAUACUACGCGUGGUGACAGCAACAAUAAAGUUACGCCUUCUUUCUUUUCGUGAAGUUUUGGGCGGCAUUAUGCAAAUCAUCCCAUAUCAUGACAUAGACGUGGGGCAUGUUAUAACAAGCUGUUUUAGGAGGCCAUGGAUGAGUCUUAACUUUUAUAAAGAAUAUCUCUUAGGUUUUGAGACUUUAGUCUUUGCAACUUUAUGUAUCUUAUCUAUUCACGAACAGCUUGUAACACUCCAAAGAGAAAGAAAACUUGAAAUCGCAUCAUAUGAUCCCUUUAAGGUUUCAGUUGCAUCUACAGCCAGUGUGUAUUAAUAAUAAUUAACUAUUAUUAUUAUCAUAAUUAUCAUUUUGGUUGAUUUAAAACAUCUAGAAAAAUGACAGUGUGACUUUUGUUUUCUUUUUUGUUAAUUUAAUUUGAAUGUAUAUAUAUUUUUUCUAAUAAAUGACUGUUAAGCUG